UAAAAAAAAAAAGAAUGGAUUGGUGAGUGUAAUGCUCUUAGAUGAUGACAAAGACAAUAAAAAUUAAUGCUAGUUUUCUAUAAAAUGGUGAGGUCACCAGCUUUCCACCAGGCUGGAGACAGCAGUCACAGCUGGGAUAGUCUGGAAUGUAUAGACUCAAAGUCCUGGACCUCAUUAGUACACCUCUGUGGCCCAUCUGAAAUGUGAAGUUUGAGAAAAGGGAAGAAAAGUGUGUUGGUAAAUCUCUUCCAGAUACACGUGAAAAUUCCCCAUUGAUGACUAGCUCUUUGGGAUAUAUAUAUUUCUUUUGUUAUGUAUCUAUAUGGUAGGAUCAUAUUGGGAUAUUUUAUAUGCUGAUUAUAAGCUGCAAAUACUUCAAGUUUAUAUUUUUUAUUUCUGACAUUUUACUUUUCCUGACUACUUGAAACUUCUACAAAGGAUAAACUUGGAGCACAUUUGUUACCCGUACUUCAUGUGCAUCAAGAGUAUGUACUAUGCAGGAGAUAAUGGCUAUCAUUUUUUUUCCUUUCAAGUCUGUAAACUAUAUUACUAUAGAAAAAGAGGGAUAAUCCACAGUAAAGGAGUGUUUAGUACAGGGCUAGGAACAGGGCCACAGAGGAAUUUUUCCAUGUCUGUUUUCUCUAUAGAGAUAUGGUUUAAAAUAACCAAGCAGCUUCAGGCCAGAUUGCUGAUAUCUAAAGUGGUCUCCUGGUAGCUCUGAUUUAGGAAAAAUAGGAAGCAAAUGGCAUGAUUUACGUUCACACCUUCAGAAACUAGUUUUACUGAAGAGUUAACUAAACAACACAGAAAGUGUCUAUAAGGAGAUUAUCUCUGGAAGUAGCUUUUCAUACCUUCAGUUAACUGCUAACUUUAAUGUUUUGUUCAGUUUAUCUCUCAUCAGCCACUAAAAACUAAAUUCUAAGAACUAGAAGUAUGCUAGAAACAAGGGAAGUUUAGAUGUGGAUGGAAUUGUUCUUGGCAGUCCUAAAGAUUGGAGGAAGUAGAAAACCAACUGGAACAGAAUUGGAGGGAUAACACUGAAGGGACAUGUUAUGACCUGAUAGAGUCCCCUGCAUAAUGUAGUAGGACAGAUGUGGCCAGUGGCGCUGCCACACUGGGCUCUCAUGAACUUGAUGAAUUCUGUACCUCAGUUUCCUCAUGUGUGAAAUGAGAGUUCUAGUCUUGUGAGGAUUGAGUUAAAAUAUUGUAAUUGCUGGAACAGGGCCAAACAUUAAACACCUAAAUAGAUGGUGUUUAAACAGACUCAUGAGAGAAAUGGUAUCUGUUGAAGAGGCGUUUCAAGAUGACAAGAAGUAGUUUUCUUCAGAUCCUGACAUUUCUUUUUUAAUAUAAACAUUUAAAAGGAUAGCUUUGAGUCAUGUGACCAUACAUAAUCAGACUUAGUCCCAUGUCUAACUAUUUUAGUUAUAAGGUAUUUUAGAAGUGGGUCAGGAGCCAGGCUUGGUAGCACAUGGUUCUUUAAUCCCUGCACUCGGGAGGCAGAGGCAGAAGGAUCCCUGUGCUCUUGAGUUUGAGGCCAGCUUGAUUUUUAUAUUGAGUUGCAGGAUAACCAGGGCGAGAGAGAGAGACCCUGUCUCAACAGCAACAACAAAAACUAAACCAAACAAAAAUGUCCUUAUCUUAGGGCUAGAGAUAUGACUCAAUAGUUAGCAAUACUUGUUGCUGCUAUUCCAAAGGACCUGAGUUGGGUUCCCAGUACCUACCUAUCUUGGGCAGCUCACAACUGCCUGUAACUCGAGCUGGCCUCCAGGGCACCUUCACAUACAUAGCAUAUAUUUACUCAGGUAUACACACACAAAAUAAGUCUUUAAGAAAAAUGUGUCACUGGGUGGUGGUGGUAUAUACCUUUAAUCCCAGUACUAGGGAGGCAGAAUAAGUUGGAUCUCUGAGUUUGAGGCCAUGCUGGUCUACAGAGUAAGGUCCAAGACAGCCAGGUCUACACAGAGAAACCCUGUGUGUGUAAGGGCGGGACAGGGGGAAGGACACACACACGUAAAAAAAAGAGGAAAACAGUUUAGGGUUGCUGCUCAUCUGCUGUGUAUUUGUUUACUUUUGAAGUGUUUCCUCAUAUUUCUCCUGUGUAGCCAAGUUAACUUGGUGUUUUCCAUAGAACUGGACCCAAAGGAUUUUACAGGUAGUUUUUUAAGUGUCUUCCAGCUCUGUUUUUAGAUUGAUGAUAAUUCUUCUCUCACCCCCUUAGCACUGUCUCUGAAUAUGUGAGUUCUAGCUUAGUUCUGUAAUACCUAAUUUUUAAGCCAUUUCAUCGUCCAUGCAAAAUGUCUGCUCUGCUCAUUACUGUUUGAAUGACAUACGAAUAUUAUAGCAAGAAACAGCAGUCUCUGCCUUUUAGGAGUUUAUGUUUUAAGUUGAAGGAGAGGUAAGACAGUAAACAUUUCUUUGCUUUAAUUUAUUAGACUGUACUGCAGCUGUAUUGAGAGUGAGGGAACAAAGUAAGGGAGGAAGGAGGAACAAAGAUGAGGGUACGUAGUAGCAGUUUUAAACAAGAUACUCAGGAGAUCUUGCUAACAGGUAAUGCUUGUCCAGAGACUGAAAAGAGGUGAGAAGGACAAGCCAUGUGGCUGGCAGGAAGGGGGUGGUGUUAAGUAUGGAAGUGAGCAUGGUAAGCAGAGCAGAGUGCUGGUGGCCUAGCCCAAAGCAAGGAGAUGGCAAAUGUAAUUAGUUGCCUCUGGGCAGCUCCAUUUUAACUUCCUUUAAGGGGACUAAGACACAUGCUCUAUAGACCACUGUGGGAAAAGUAUAUUAGGACUAGCUAUGUAUAUUUCAUAAACUUUCAUAACUUUUUAAAGGUUCAUUUUUUUAAAAGUCCUUUGAAGAAGUUUGACUUUGUCUUACUCUUUUCUGGCUCUGAGAAAGGAGACAAGCCCAAGCAAAAGCAAAAGUAAAAUCAAUUUAGGAGGCUGAAAAGAGGGCUCAGUAGGCAAUAAGAGCAUAUAUUGCUCUUACAGAAGACCCAGGAUCCAUUCCCAGCACCCACUUCUGUUUACUCAACUACCGUCUAUAACACUCCAGCUCUAAGAUUUCCAACAUCCUCUUCUGGGUACACAAGCCCCUGCUCUCAAGUACAUACACUGACACAUAUACAUGCACAUAACUAAAAAUAAAUAUGGAAAAAUCUAUUUAAAUAAGAGGGUGAUAUAUUAAUAGAGAUGCAGAAGUGGCAGCUCAGAUAACUCUGGAAACCUGGGUUCUGGGUGUACAUAUACAUUUUUAUGUAUGUAUGUAUUAUAUGAAUGGUUGGUUAAUUUGUUAGUUUCAUAUUUAAUUUUUGAAUGUUUUGCCUGUGUGUAUGUCUGUGCAUUAUGUGUGAGCCUGGUGCCUUGAGGGAUUAGAAGAGGGUAUCAGAUCCCCUGCAAUGGGAGUUAGAGAUAAUUGUGAGCUACCAUGUUGGUGUUGGGAAUCAAACCCAGGUCCUCUCUGCAAGAGUAACAAAUGCUUUCUGUGUAUAUGUGUACUACAUAUAUGCCUCUCCAAGAAGAUCAGAACAUGGUGUCAGAUCUGGAGCUGGAGUUCCACAUUUUUGAGGGCUGUUGGCCUGCUGCUGUGCUGCUGAACAGUAUGCAGUCCUUUCGGGAGCAAAGCAGUUACCACGGAAACCAACAGAGCUACCCACAGGAGGUACACAGCUCAUCCCGUGUAGAAGAGUUCAGCCCUCGUCAAGCCCAGAUGUUCCAGAAUUUUGGGGGAGCAAAUAGUGGUAGUGGUGGCACUGGCAGCAACAGUAGUGGACGGCGAGGAACAGCAGCUGCUGCUGCAGCGAUGGCUAGCGAGACCUCUGGCCAUCAAGGCUACCAGGGUUUCAGGAAAGAAGCAGGAGAUUUUUACUACAUGGCAGGCAACAAAGACCCUGUGGCAGCAGGAACCCCACAGCCUCCUCAGCGAAGGCCUUCUGGUCCUGUGCAGAGCUAUGGACCUCCCCAGGGGAGCAGCUUUGGCAAUCAGUAUGGGAGUGAGGGUCAUGUGAGCCAAUUUCAAGCACAGCACUCUGCCCUUGGUGGUGUGUCUCAUUAUCAGCAGGAUUACACAGGGCCUUUCUCUCCUGGGAGUGCUCAGUAUCAACAGCAGGCCUCCAGCCAACAGCAGCAGCAACAGCAACAGCAGCAGCAACAACAGCAGCAACAACAGCAAGUACAGCAGUUGAGACAACAGCUUUACCAAUCCCAUCAACCUCUGCCCCAAGCCACUGGACAGCCAGCUUCUGGCUCAUCCCAUCUACAACCAAUGCAGCGGCCCUCCACUCUGCCAUCUUCUGCUGGUUAUCAGUUAAGAGUGGGUCAGUUUGGCCAACACUACCAGUCUUCUGCUUCCUCCUCUUCCUCUUCCUCCUUUCCUUCACCACAGCGUUUCAGUCAGUCUGGACAAAGCUAUGAUGGCAGUUACAGUGUGAAUGCUGGAUCCCAGUAUGAAGGUCAUAAUGUGGGUUCUAAUGCACAGGCUUAUGGCACACAAUCAAAUUAUAGCUAUCAGCCUCAGACUAUGAAGAAUUUUGAACAGGCAAAGAUUCCACCAGGAACCCAGCAGGGGCAGCAGCAGCAGCAGCAGCAGCAGCAACAACAACAACAACAGCCACAACCUCAGCAGCAGCAACAACAGCAGCAACAACAGCAACAUGCCCCCCAGCAUGUGAUGCAGUACACCAAUGCUGCCACCAAGCUGCCCCUGCAGACCCAGGUAGGGCAGUACAAUCAGCCUGAGGUUCCUGUAAGGUCCCCUAUGCAGUUUCACCAGAACUUCAGCCCUAUUUCUAACCCUUCUCCAGCUGCUUCUGUGGUUCAAUCUCCAAGCUGUAGCUCUACCCCUUCUCCUCUCAUGCAGAGUGGUGAGAAUCUUCAGUGUGGGCAAGGCAGUGUGCCCAUGAGUUCCAGAAACCGAAUUUUACAGCUAAUGCCCCAACUCAGUCCAACCCCAUCAAUGAUGCCUAGUCCUAAUUCUCAUGCUGCAGGAUUCAAAGGAUUUGGAUUAGAAGGCGUGCCAGAAAAGCGAUUGACAGAUCCUGGGUUGAGUAGUUUGAGUGCUCUGAGUACUCAAGUGGCCAAUCUUCCUAAUACUGUCCAGCACAUGUUACUUUCUGAUGCCUUGACACCUCAGAAGAAGACUUCCAAGAGGCCUUCAUCAUCAUCUAAGAAAGCAGAUAGCUGUACAAACUCAGAAGGCUCUUCACAGCCUGAAGAACAACUAAAGUCCCCUAUGGCAGAGUCACUGGAUGGAGGUUGCUCCAGUAGUUCAGAAGAUCAAGGUGAGAGAGUGAGGCAACUAAGUGGUCAGAGCACUAGCUCAGACACCACCUACAAGUGUGGAGCGUCAGAGAAAGCUGGCUCCUCACCAACACAAGGUGCUCAGAACGAGGCCCCUAGGCUCAGUACCAGUCCUGCAGCUAGGGAAGAAGCUGCCUCUCCAGGUGCUAAGGACACACCGCUGACUGAGGGAAACACAAAAGUCAAUGAGAAGACAAUUGGGGUGAUAGUCUCCCGGGAAGCCAUGACAGGUCGGGUAGAAAAAUCUGGUGGACAAGAUAAAGGAUCCCAAGAGGAGGAUCCUGCUGCCAGUCAGAGGCCACCUAGCAAUAGUGGUACGAAGGAAGCCAGCCACACAUCACUUUCACAGCCAGAUCCUCCAGGAGGAGGGAACAAAGGAAACAAGAAUGGUGAUAAUAGCUCCAGCCACAAUGGAGAGGGGAAUGGCCAGAGUAGCCACUCUGCAGUAGGCCCAACUUUCACAGGCAGGACGGAGCCUAGCAAAUCUCCUGGAAGUUUGCGCUACAGUUACAAAGAGAGUUUUGGGUCAGCUGUACCACGAAAUGUCAGUGGUUUUCCUCAGUAUCCUUCAGGACAAGAAAAGGGGGAUUUUGCCAGCCAUGGGGAACGAAAGGGUAGAAAUGAAAAGUUUCCAAGCCUCCUACAGGAAGUACUUCAGGGUUACCACCACCAUCCUGACAGAAGGUAUCCUAGAAGUGCUCAGGAACAUCAAGGGAUGACUAGUGCCCUGGAAGGAACUGCAAGGCCCAACAUCUUAGUCAGUCAAACCAAUGAAUUAGCCAGCAGGGGCCUUCUGAACAAGAGCAUCGGAUCCCUGUUAGAAAAUCCCCAUUGGGGACCAUGGGAAAGGAAGUCAAGCAGCACAGCUCCUGAAAUGAAACAGAUCAAUUUGUCUGACUAUCCCAUUCCCAGAAAGUUUGAGAUAGAACCUCCAUCAUCAGCCCAUGAGCCUGGGGGCUCCCUUUCUGAAAGGAGGUCAGUGAUCUGUGAUAUUUCUCCACUAAGACAGAUUGUCAGGGAUCCAGGGGCUCACGCAUUGGGACACAUGGGUGCUGAUGCCCGAAUUGGGAGGAAUGAGCGUCUCAACCCAAGUUUAAGUCAGUCAGUCAUUCUUCCAGGUGGGUUGGUGUCCAUGGAAACAAAGCUGAAAUCCCAGAGUGGGCAGAUAAAAGAGGAAGACUUUGAACAGUCCAAAUCUCAAGCUAGUUUCAACAAGAAAUCUGGAGACCACUGCCAUUCUACCAGCAUCAAGCAUGAGUCUUAUCGUGGCAAUGUCAGCCCUGGAGCAGCAGCCCAUGAUUCCAUUUCAGACUAUGGCCCCCAAGAUAGUAGGUCCACACCAAUGAGGCGGGUGCCUGGUAGAGUCGGUAGCCGGGAGACUAUGAGGGGUCGGUCUUCUUCUCAGUACCACGACUUUGCAGAAAAACUGAAGAUGUCUCCAGGCAGGAGCAGAGGUCCAGGGGGAGACCCUCAUCAUAUGAACCCACACAUGACUUUUUCAGAGAGGGCCAAUAGGAGUUCUUUACAUGCUCCCUUUUCUCCCAACUCAGAAAGCCUGGCCUCUGCUUACCACACAAACACCAGGGCUCAUGCUUAUGGGGACCCUAAUACUGGUUUGAAUUCCCAGCUCCAUUAUAAGAGACAGAUAUACCAACAGCAACAAGAGGAGUAUAAAGAUUGGACCAGCAGUUCUGCUCAGGGAGUGAUUGCUGCUGCACAACAUAGGCAAGAAGGGCCACGGAAGAGCCCACGGCAGCAGCAGUUUCUUGACAGAGUACGGAGCCCCCUGAAAAACGACAAAGAUGGUAUGAUGUAUGGCCCACCAGUAGGGACAUACCAUGACCCAAGCACUCAGGAAGCUGGGCGCUGUCUCAUGUCUAGUGAUGGUUUGCCUACCAAAGGCAUGGAAUUGAAGCACAGCUCUCAGAAGUUACAAGAGUCUUGUUGGGAUCUUUCUCGGCAGACUUCUCCAGCCAAAAGCAGUGGUCCUCCAGGAAUGUCUAAUCAAAAAAGGUAUGGGCCACCCCAUGAGACAGAUGGACAUGUACUAACUGAAUCUACACAGUCAUCCAAACCUAGUAAUGUAAUGCUGCGGCUUCCAGGUCAAGAAGAUCAUUCUUCUCAAAAUCCCUUAAUCAUGCGGAGGCGGGUCCGUUCUUUUAUCUCUCCCAUUCCCAGUAAGAGACAGUCCCAAGAUGUAAAAAACAGUAACAAUGAUGAUAAAGGGCGCCUCCUUCACCCAUCCAAGGAAGGUGCUGAUAAGGCAUACAAUUCCUACACCCAUCUUUCUCACAGUCAGGAUAUCAAGUCUAUCCCGAAGAGAGAUGCCUCCAAGGAUCUUCCAAACCCAGACAAUAGAAACUGUCCUGCUGUUACCCUUACGAGCCCUGCUAAGACCAAAAUACUGCCCCCACGGAAGGGACGGGGAUUGAAAUUGGAAGCUAUAGUUCAGAAGAUCACAUCCCCAAAUAUUAGGAGGAGUGCAUCCACAAAUAAUGCUGAGGCUGGGGGAGACACAGUCACAUUGGAUGAUAUUCUGUCUCUGAAGACUGGUCCUCCUGAAGGUGGGGCUGUGGUUACUCAAGAGACGGAGAUGGAGAAGAGAAAAGGCGAGGUUACUGACCUCGUCAGUACAACUAACCAGGAAUCAAAUGUUGAAAAGCCUCUCCCAGGGCCUUCUGAAGACUGGCGUGGCAGUGGGGAUGAUAAAGUGAAGACGGAGGUACAUGCAGACACAGCUCCUACUGGAAAGGAACCUUCUGGUACUAUGACAUCCACAGCUUCACAGAAGCCUGGUGGUAACCAAGGGAGACCAGAUGGUUCCCUGGGUGGGGCAGCACCACUAAUCUUUCCUGACUCAAAGAAUGUAGCUCCAGUGGGCAUUUUGGCUCCUGAGGCAAAACCCAAGGCUGAAGAGAAAGAGAAUGAAACCGUCAUGAUUUCACCCAAACAAGAAAGUUUCCCCCCAAAAGGGUAUUUCCCAUCAGGAAAGAAAAAGGGGAGACCCAUUGGUAGUGUGAAUAAGCAAAAGAAGCAGCAGCAGCCACCACCUCCACCCACUCAACCUCCACAGAUACCAGAAGGUUCUGCAGAUGGAGAGCCAAAGCCAAAAAAGCAGAGGCAAAGGAGGGAGAGAAGGAAGCCUGGGGCCCAGCCAAGGAAGCGGAAAACCAAACAAGCAGUUCCCAUCGUAGAACCUCAAGAACCAGAGAUCAAACUAAAGUAUGCUACCCAGCCUCUAGAUAAAGCUGAUGCCAAGAACAAAUCUUUUUUCCCUUAUAUCCAUGUAGUAAAUAAGUGUGAACUUGGAGCUGUUUGUACAAUCAUCAAUGCUGAAGAAGAAGAACAGACCAAAUUGGUGAGGAGCAGGAAGGGUCAGAGAUCUCUGACCCCUCCCCCCAGCAGCACGGAAAGCAAGGUGCUCCCAGCUUCAUCCUUUAUGCUACAGGGGCCUGUGGUAACAGAAUCUUCAGUUAUGGGACACCUAGUUUGUUGUCUGUGUGGCAAGUGGGCCAGUUACCGGAACAUGGGUGAUCUUUUUGGACCCUUUUAUCCCCAGGAUUAUGCAGCCACUCUUCCGAAGAAUCCACCUCCAAAGAGGUCCACAGAAAUGCAGAGCAAGGUCAAGGUUCGGCACAAAAGUGCUUCUAAUGGUUCUAAAACAGACACUGAGGAGGAGGAGGAGCAGCAGCAGCAGAAGGAGCAGAGGAGCCUGGCUGCUCAUCCUAGGUUCAAGCGGCGCCACCGCUCAGAAGACUGUGGUGGAGGCCCUCGGUCCCUGUCCAGGGGACUCCCUUGUAAAAAAGCAGCCACUGAGGGCAGCAGUGAAAAGGCUGUUUUGGACACAAAGCCCUCUGUACCUACCACUUCGGAAGGUGGUCCUGAGCUGGAGUUACAAAUUCCUGAACUACCUCUUGACAGCAACGAAUUUUGGGUCCAUGAGGGUUGUAUUCUCUGGGCCAAUGGAAUCUACCUGGUCUGUGGCAGGCUCUAUGGCCUGCAGGAAGCGCUGGAAAUCGCCAGAGAGAUGAAAUGCUCCCACUGCCAGGAGGCUGGCGCUACCUUGGGCUGCUACAACAAAGGCUGCUCCUUCCGAUACCAUUACCCAUGUGCCAUUGACGCAGAUUGUUUGCUGCAUGAGGAGAACUUCUCGGUGAGAUGCCCCAAGCACAAGCCUCCCCUUCCGUGCCCUCUCCUCCCCUUGCAGAACAAGACCGCGAAAGGCAGCCUCAGCACAGAGCAGUCGGAGCGGGGGUGAGGGGGGCAAUGUGCACGUGGGAAUGGACAGCAAGCACAGGUGAGACUGUGGAGAUGAGAAGGUGGUGGACACACAUGAUGGAAUGGAAUCCUUCUGCUGUGCAACCACACCCCACCUUGCCCUGCCCUGCACCCCCAUUGCGCCUGCCCAUGCCAGCACUUCCUUCCUAUGUUCUCACAUCACACUCAAACUGGUGACACCACAGGAAAGAAAGACACAAGAUGUUGGAAUGGCUGUUUCCAUGGACACAAUCUCCAUAGUGACAAUAUGGGGGAGGGGGGAGGGGGGCUGAUGGGGAAGGGGGGGUUAAAAGGGAGGGAUAAAAAUAUAUAUAUAUAAAUCUAUUUUUAGUCUGGAAAGACUUUGUUUAAAUGAAAGGUGCGCUAUCCCUUUUGAUUCUAUUUUAAAAUUAUCUAGUUAACUCAAUUUGUUCCAGUGACAAUGAAAUUUAAAUGUGAAAUUGAAUUGAACAAACUCAUCUCAUAAAGAAUGAGGUGUGGCUUUGAUCUUUAGCCUGUCUCACAACAAUUCAGUGAACACUAGACCAGGACUGAAGGAGCAGACAAAUGAUACCACCUUUCCUCUGGUCAGCCCGUCUCACAGGGGAGGUUUGUGGGGAGGGCAGAAUGGGGAUGGUCAUUUUCAAAAGUGGGGGAAUGAUGUUUAAACUCAAAAAUAAAUUUUUUUCCUUUCCAGAAACACUAUUUAUUUAUUUUUAAUUUUUUUUUUCUUUUUGGGGGUGGUGGUGGUGGAAUUGGUAGAUGCCCCAAGGUCAUGUCUGUGUCCUGGAUCACUGUGGCUCCACCAAGUAGGUAAAGUGGCCCCACAGCAACAGAUAUACUAAGGAAUGGCUUCCCUCUGGCGCCCUCUUUCCUUAACACAUUCCGUGUAGCUAGGACCCAUAGGGACCCACAGGAUCCAUGGAACCCAUGGAGGCCCAGGCCUCUGCUGCUGAAAUAGGCCAGGUCUGGGAGAGAACAGCGUGUGAACCAUUUGGGUGGGUAAAGCUGGCCAGAACCACCCACCCUAAGACUUUAUUGCUUUCAUUUUUAUGAUGGAAAAGGGGGCUUGUUAGAUGUGUGGCCCCAUGCUACGUGAAUCUUUAUGUUGUAUUGUUUUGUUUUGUAAAUUGUAUAAUUUUUAAAUAUAUGAGUUUUAAAAAAAGAAAAAAGUACAAAAAAAAAUCUUGUUAAGGCCUUAAGAAGGGAUAUGUGCAUCUUUCAGGGGUCACUCUGCCGUGGGGAUAAAAUAGCUGUUUUACAAACAGUUUUAUUUAAAAAAACAAAAAUCGAAAAAAAAUCAAAAAAAAUCAAAAACAUAAUAAACUUCAUUUUAACCUUG